UCCUGGAGGCGGGGGCUUCCUGGCCCUGCAGAGGCUGGGCGGGUCCGGCCUCGGUGGGUCGGGACUCCCCUGUCCGCUCCGCAAGUGCGACAGAAAGGGGAAGGAGGGCGGGCUGCACCGAGCUCCGAGGACCCCAGAAGAGGAAGAGCUCCUCCUUCCCGCCCCCGUCUCUGCAGCGGCCCGAAGCAAAUAGAAAGCCACCGGUAAGGUGGUCCUGAGCCCUGGGCCAAGACCCCCACCAGCCAAGAUGAUACUUCUGGCCCCGAGACCUUUUGCCCUCUGACACACCACUGGGACCUGUCCGGACAGAGAGGUUCUGCUGCCCUGCCAGACUUUUUCCAGCUGCGGGGGCGAUGCGUGUCCUGGACUGGUGUCCCAAUGAAGCCAAGCACGGGGGUGAAAUCGCCCUGCUGAAACAUCAAAGCCAGCUGCCGUCCUUCUCUUUCUGGACCCGUGCUCAGGAGGGCAAGAAGCCAGGGCUAAAGCCCCUUGCCCUCUGAAGGCCGACUUCGCAGGCAGGAUGCCAGGGCUUCACAAUGGCCAGGUGCUCAUGGUGCUCAGGGCUGACAACACUUGUGCCCCUGCCUCCUUCGAAAUGGAAGCCUCUGAGGAGAGACUCAAAACUUGGGGAAUUCAGGUUCCAAUGGAGCGGUAUAGGCAUUUAAUUCAGGAUGCCAUCCUAGAACCACAAGUGAGAAGAUUCAUGCUGUAUAACUCCAGACUGUUCCGCCUGGCCUUUGCCGUGGUUUUCUACAUCUCCAUGUGGGCAAACCUGUAUUCUACAAGUCAGUUGUUUUCCCUGGGGACCCACUGGGCCGUUGUGGCCUUCGUGUCUCUGAGCGCCGCCGCCGCCACCGUAGCCCUCAUCCUGGUCUUUGCCUGGUCUGAGAGGAAGGUCAUUGUGAACACAGACACGAGGAUGGCAGUGGUCAAUGAAGCACUGAUGAGACACAACUUACUUCUGGGCUUAACGGAUGCUGUGGACAGUUGCCAGAAUGUACUUCAGAUCUGGGUGGUGUAUUUCAACCUGGACAGGUGUCUUCAAUGCUUAUGUGAGCUUAUCCAGGACCUAAGGAACAACGAGGAGCCAGACCUGAGGCGCCGACUGAGCCAGUUCUCUGUGGUGGUGAACACUGAGCUCAGCAUUCCUGGGGAAGGUGAUGACGGGGGCCAGGACCCCCUGGAGGAGGAGGCGCCACUGCUGCCCCGAGAGCCGGGCCGAAGGCAGAGCUCGCUCACCCACACCCAGCUGCACCAGCUCCUUCCGGAGGGCCCCCCUGAGGCCACGGCCCAGCAGCUGCUGACCAUCUUCAGUGGAUUCUUCGUCAGACUUUUGGUCACCGGUCAGCUUCCUCUAGUGCCAGCUACCCGUCACGCAGAACAGAUUGGGACGCCUUGCCUCUGUCAGUUCAUCGAGGCCAGUGCCCUGGUGCCAGGUGGCUGCUGUGCUGGCCCAGGUGACCCAAGCGGCUUCCGGGAGGCUCUUGCCUUCGAGCCAAACCGAUGAGUGAACUGCAGUUGUGGGGUUGGGGCUUGGGAAGGGGGCAGGCCAGUUCUCUGAAGAUCAACGGAGUGACGGAGAGGGAGUUGAAAGCAGGUUGCGGGUCACUUCCUAGAGGCAGCAACCAAACCCGGCUUCCCAUCUGUUGGCUCGGGGAUCCGCUUGAAACUGCUAAGACGACUUCUCGGCCUUCAGGCCCGAUGGUAUGAUUAGAGCUUGAGGGCCCACCUGGCCCAAGUCUUUCCCCUUAGUUUCCCUCCGUAUCGGAGGCACUCCUCCUCCCUCCCAUCCCACCCCGUUCCACAUCCGGUGCCAGGGACCUAGUACAUGGCAUAGCUUUUCCAUGGGGUGUGGACAGUGUGCCAGCUGGAUGGAAUGGCUGCAUUUAAUGGCUGUGUUUUUGACCCUUUUAAGAGCACAGUGGCCUCUCUCAGUGCUUUUCCCAAAGGGUUAUUUUCCCACUAAUGGAUUCUGCUGGGAGGCUCCAGUGCUGAGUCCACACAGCAGGACAAAAUCCACUGAGUAACACAAUUCUUCCUGGGCAUGCUGGAAAGCAUGAAUAAUGUCAGUCCAUUGGUGAGAAGGUUUCUUCUGCCUUUGCAGAGUGAAUCAGUUCAAUCAGUUUUAGACUGUGAGCCCACUGUUGGGUAGGGACUGUCUCUCUAUGUUGCCAACUUGUACUUCCUAAGCACUUAAUACAGUGCUCUGCACACAGUAAGCGCUCAAUAAAUACAAUUGAUUGAUUAAGCGAACUCAGAGCAGAGGUUUCCUCUGUACAUCCUUUGACUUUCCCAGUGUGCAUUAGGGCCCAACAGACAACAGACUUUCUUCUUUCCUGCUGCAGCUGAUGCUCCUUUAUCCAGCAAAUCCAUCAGUGUGGGGUGUGAGCCUGUUGUGGGCAGGGAACAUGUCUACCAACUGUUGUAUUGCACUUUCCCAAGUGCUUACUACAACUCU